UAUUCCCAGUCGUAUGUCGUUUAAUACUGAUGCCGACUACUUUUCGAUAGUAACAACCGAAAUGUAAACAACAAUUUCUGUUAAGUUCAUUUAGUAAUAAUCAUCCCCACCUGGUUUACAUGUAUGAAGUUUUAACAAUGUACUAGUGUUGAUCGUGAAAAGUGUAAUUCUGUGGAAGAUGGGCUAUGUCGAAACAGCCGUUAUGCGAUUUUGGAACCCUCGUAAGAAUUUCUGAUUCUGACGAAGAGGAGGGUGGAAGAAGAAAAAGAAAUAUGAAACGACACGGAACUCAUUCUUCCGAUGGAAAAUCUAGACCUUCUACGGUUAGCAAGGAUGAUCAAAAGGAGGAGAAUGGUGUCUGGUUUUGGGUGAAUAAGAAUGGCUUCCCAAUUGACGAUAUGACAUGGGAACGAAUGUGGGACCAUGUUGCAAAGAUUCACCCUGAUGGUCAUAAAAUGGUCACAUCUAUAAGAGGUGGCAAUCAUGGACAGGUAACAAUUCCACAACCUCCAACUAGUUUUUCUCCUUCAGUCACUAUUUAUGAAAGAUUAGAGAAGAUCCAGAAUUACAUGAACACACUUCAAUACAAUCAUACUGGUACUCAGUUCUUUGAAAUCAAGAAAAAUAGACCAUUGUCUGGAUUGUUGGAAGUUGCAAAGGACAUGAUAAGAGAAUCACUGCCAAUCAAAUGUCUUGAAGCUAUUAUUCUUGGAGUAUUCCUGACAAAUGGCUUUAUGGGGAUGGAAAGAUUUGCAAUUAGUUUUAAGACACAGUUUAAUGGUAAUACUCAUCGUCAUGUUGUAUUAGGAGUGUAUCACGCUGGACGUUACGGGGCACUAGGUAUGUCUCGUAGGGAUGAUCUCAUGUAUAAACCUUUAAUCUUCAAGUCAUUGUCAGAGCUGGUCUUAGAUUAUGAAAGAGCUUAUAAGAAAUACUGGCAUGAUGUUAAGAAAAUCAAGAUUGGUCUUCCUAUAUCACAUGAUCCACAUAGUUAUGAGUUUAUUAAUUGGAAGUCUUUGACCUUGACCCGUAAUCGUCUUACACAACAAGAGCUCAUCAAAGAGAUAGAUACUCAUGCUAAGGAGAUCAGAACAAAGGGACUUCAUAGAGACUUUGAGUCACCUACAUGUUUGUACUCUUCAAGAAAAAAGUCACGAUCCUGGUCAGUUCCACAGACAAGUUCCCCACGGAAGUCACAUUCAUUUAUAGAUGUAAACAGGACUAGAGCUUCCAAAUCUACUGGCGUCCAAUCACCACAGUCAAGUUAUGGACAGGCUAUCAAACUAUAUCAAGGGGCAACAGCAAAGGAAGUAAUGAGUGCUGGGAAAAAGAAGGAACAACCAGACAUCUCAGAAUACCAGAUUCGAAUUUAACUUUUGAAAUGUUCUCGCAAUUCUCACAUCAGAAUUAUGAUCUCAGAAUUAUCAUCCUGUUUUUAUGACAUCUUUAUAUGUGAAGACUGUAUAGAGAUUAUACAACACAAGUGCCAAUGUUUUGUAGGUUAGCUGAAAUAUUUAUAUGUUAAAAUAUAGGGUAACAUGUGUGUGAGAGAAUGACAAUCUGACAUGAAAGAAAGUGACCAAGCACUUUUAUAUACAUGUACUAUCUGAGAAAUUGAUGAGUGAUGAAUUAAUUCUAUGUGGAAUAAGUUUAUUUAUACUGUGAUACUGAUUCAUGUGAUUUUUGUAAAAAAAAGUAUUAUUUAUAAAAAGUAAAUGGAUUUGAAGCUUAGAAUGUUUGAGGGAAAAAAAACCUUAAGAUAUCAUGCUGAGAGGGUAGGGGGGAGUGUUGUUUGGGGUCAUUCAGUUCAUAGUGUGUGGUUAUGACAUGUGAUGAUAUCUAGUCAUCAACUUGAUGAGAAUCAUUUGACUGUGAUAUACCAGUAUAUAUGUGCUGAUUUUAUUUGUAUACAAAAUAACUUUAUAUUUUCUCUGAAUAAUAUAAGUUUUUGUUUUUUAUUUAUUUUUAUAUACAUUGUACUAAUAUUGGAUUAAUGCUUCGAAAAUUAUUUUCAUUUAUAUAUAGCUGUUGGUGUUGUUGUUACAGGCAUAACACGUUUUAUGUGUUAUGCUUAUAGCUUACUUGCUGUGUCAUAUUUAUUAUAAAUAUUCAUAUUUUAAAUUUUUAUCACAUGCUCAUUUGAUAGGGGACCAAGUAAAGUAUGUGGAUAGAUGUUAGUUGGUUAUUAAUCCCUUGAUAAUAGUUCAGUAACUCAAACCUGUUUGAUGUACAAUAACCAUGGAAAUUACCUUUUCUGGAGUAAUAGAUCAAAGGCCAUUGUCACAGCAGCCUUAAAAUCAAAUAAUAAGAGUAAUUAAAUACUAUACUGGGCAGGAACCAGUUUACGGACAGAAUUCGAGUUUUUUUAAUUGUCUAUUUUUAAAUAAUAAACAUGCAUUUAUAAAACUAACAUACCAAAAACCUGAGCUCUAACACAAUUAAUACUGCCUGGUGACGUAAGCAAUGUACAAACUGAAGGGUUAAAUUAGGUCAUCAAUAGUGUAAAUUGUUCACUCUUGCAGAACCAGUUUCCGGACAUAUAUUAAGCUGCUAUUCAUAUCUGUUUUAACUGAUAAUUAUUCUAAUAUAACAAAAAAUUUCUUCUCACAUAUUAGCUUUCUUAUAUAAUUAAGCUGAUUUACUGAAAAAUGUUUAUGAUAGGAAAAAUAACGAUCAGGUGAUGGGUCUCGGAAUGACUGAAAAGUGAAACGGAUAUUUUUGUGUGUACGGCAGCAACGAAGUGCGAAAGUGGAGUAAACCUAGCUAAACACCAUUUUCCGAUACGUUACAGAUUUAGCUAUUGGGAAUUACACCCAAUGAACUUCGAAUGAAGUACAUUGUGCAUUAAUUGCUACCCCAAAUUAUAUCCCAAAAUAAACAAAAUAUUGCGCAUGCGCAGAACCAAUUACAUGCCCCAAAGGGAUAUAAGGCUGUUUUUAAAACACAGGUAAGAUAUCCUCACGAAAUUUUAAUGAUGUAUCAACUUGGAAGGAAGUUUAUUUUCUCAAACAAUCAAACCAAGCAUCUUCAUGACAUAUAAUACCGAUCGUCAUCGAUAAAGCCAAAAUUAAGCCGUUAUAAUACUUGUCCGGAAACUGGUAUUGUCCGGAAACUGGUUCCUGCCCAGUAUAGUUUUUAAAAUUUUACACUUUCUUUUCUAAACAAUCAGCAUGAUACAGGAUGACAGAUAUAAGUCUGUUUUGUUGCUCAACAUGGUUUCUUAGACUUUAAAAUUAAAUGCCCAACAUGACUUGAAUUUAAAGGGUUGAAUAUUUUACCAGGUUAUUCUUUACUACCUGCACCAAUCCCACACUCACAGGCUGUUUUGAGGAUCCUACUUAUUUUAUAAAUGUUUACAAAUGCUUUGUUUUGAAAUUGUGUAUUUGAUGAAAUUUUACAUAAUGAUUGUAGAAUAGGGCAAUUUGAUUUACAUUUUUAGCUCAUCUGUUCAAAGAAAAUGCUGAUCUAUUAUGAUCGCUGACUUGUCAACAUUGUUGUCAUGUUGUCACGUGCAAAAACCUGGAAUGCUUGCUUAUCAUGACAACACGCAUUAAGAAUACUAGUCUUUAAUCUGAAAGCUUUAUAUUUGGAGAUAUGCCCGUUUUUUACAUAGAAUUUUGUCAGAAAUUGCUUAAUAAGUAUAAUGGUUUUAAAACUAUGAAAGCUGUCAACUUGGAAUUCUGUUUUAUGAUUACAAAGCAUAGUUGUAACAAAAGGGACUUUUACUUAGAGAUAUAUUUGUGGAGUUAUGCCCCUUUGUAGCUUAGAAUGUUUAUAAAAAUUGGUAAUUAAUUAAUUAAUGAUAAUGGUUUCCCAUAUCAGGUGAGAAUUGACACUACAUGCAGUGCUCUUGUUGUAAAUGCUUAUUUCAAGAGAAUUAUUUAUCAAUGUUAUUGAUAAAAGCUUAUUGCCUAUUUAAAGUUCUAUACAUGUAUUAUGCUCAAAUUUGAUAUUUACAAAACCUUAUAAUUAACUUACAGUCUCCUUUUUAAAUGGAAAAUAAACAUCUUGUUUAGAACUUACAGAUAGGUAUGUUACAUCAUCCAUCACAAAACUUGUCUAGACUACUCCUGUGAUUGUUUUUAAGAAAGGACCACACUAACUAGGCAAGUAAUAGGAAAUACAGCUUCCCAAACAUAGUAUGCACACUCUUUAUCAUAUUAGACAUAUGAAAUAAGAAUUUCCUAGAAUUCAAUGAAUUUCUGCAAUAAAAGUAUUUCACCCAAAGAUGAACAUAGUAUAUAUCUUUAACCUAUCUUUUUUUUUUAGCUCACCUGAGCAUGCUCAGGGUGAGCUUUUAGGAUCGAUGAUUGUCCGUCGUCCGUCCGUCGUCCGUCCGUUCACAUUUUGUUGUCAACACUCUAGCGGUCGCAUUUUUGCCUCAAUCAUCAUCAAACUUGGUCAGGAUGCUUAUCUAGUUGAUAGCUCGGAUGAGUUCGAACAUGGGUCAUCUCGGAUGAAAAACUAGGUCACAAGAGCUAAAAAUAGAAAAACCUUGUUAACACUCUAGAGGUCACAUUUUUGCCUCAAUCAUCAUCAAACUUGGUCAGGAUGUUUGUCUAGGUGAUAGCUCGGAUGAGUUCGAACAUGGGUCAUCUCGGAUGAAAAAGUAGGUCACCGGAGCUAAAAAUAGAAAAACCUUGUUAACACUCCAGCGGUCACAUUUUUGCCUCAAUCAUCAUCAAACUUGGUCAGGAUGCUUAUCUAGUUGAUAGCUAGGAUGAGUUCGAACAUGGGUCAUCUCGGAUGAAAAACUAGGUCACAAGAGCUAAAAAUAGAAAAACCUUGUUAACACUCUAGAGGUCACAUUUUUGCCUCAAUCAUCAUCAAACUUGGUCAGGAUGUUUGUCUAGGUGAUAGCUUGAAUGAGUUCGAACAUGGGUCAUCUCGGAUGAAAAAGUAGGUCACCGGAGCUAAAAAUAGAAAAACCUUGUUAACACUCUAGCGGUCACAUUUUGGCAUCAAUCAUCAUCAAACUUGGUCAGGAAGCUUGUCUAGGUGAUAGCUCGGAUGAGUUCGAACAUGGGUCAUCUCUGAUGAAAAAGUAGGUCACUGGAGCUAAAAAUAGAAAAACCUUGUUAACACUCCAGCGGUCACAUUUUUGCAUCAAUCAUCAUCAAACUUGGUCAGGUUGCUUGUCUAGGUGAUAGCUUGAAUGAGUUCGAACAUGGGUCAUCUCGGAUGAAAAAGUAGGUCACAAGAGCUAAAAAUAGAAAAACUUUGUUAACACACUAGCGGUCACAUUUUUGCCUCAAUCAUCAUCAAACUUGGUCAGGAUGCUUGUCUAGGUGAUAGCUUGCAUGAGUUCGAACAUGGGUCAUCUCAGAUGAAAAACUAGGUCACCGGAGCUAAAAAUAGAAAAACCUUGUUAACACUCCAGCGGUCACAUUUUUGCCUCAAUCAUCAUAAAACUUAAUCAGGAUGCUUAUCUAUUUGAUAGCUCGGAUGAGUUCGAACAUUUGUCAUCUCGGAUGAAAAACUAGGUCACAAGAGCUAAAAAUAGAAAAACCUUGUUAACACUCUAGCGGUCACAAUUUUGCCUUAAUCAUCAUCAAACUUGGUCAGGAUGUUUGUCUAGUUGAUAGCUUGGAUGAGUUCGAACAUUGGUCAUCUCGGAUGAAAAACUAGGUCACAGGAGCUAAAAAUAGAAAAAUCUUGUUAACACUCUAGUGGCCACUGUUUUGAUCCAAAUAUCCUGUAAAUUGGUCUGAAAGUUUGUUUUGAUGAUUUCUAAGUCAAGUUCGAACAUGGGUCAUCUUGGAUGAAAAACUAGGUCACACCGCCCAAAUAUUGAAAAACCUUGUUAACAUUCUAGUGGUCACAUUUUCGACUCAAUUAUCAUCAAACUUGGUCAGGAUGCUUGUCUAAGUAAUUGCUCGGAUGAGUUGGAAAUCGCAUGUGAAACUAGGUCACCGGAGCUAAAAAUAGAAAAAUCUUGUUAACACUCUAGUUGCUACUGUUUUGAUCCAAGUAUCCUGGAAAUUGGUCUGAAAGUUUGUUUUGAUGAUUUCUAGGUCAAGUUUGAAUAUUGGUCACCUGGGUAAAAAACUAGGUCACACUGCUCAAAUAUGGAUAAUCCUUGUUAACACUGUAGUGGUCACAUUUUUGGCUCACCUGUCAUGAGACUUGGUCAGAAUGCUUGUCUAGGUAAUUGUUUGGAUGAGUUUGUUGGGUCAGGUGAGUGAUCUAGGGCCAUCAUGGCCCUCUUGUUUAGUCAAAUGAUGCGUCUUUUAACCUUUAUUUUAAUGGCAGUCUGUUCUUUGUUAUUUUGAUAGAUAAUUGAUAUAUAAAUGAUUGUGUUAAUUGAAUUAUUUCAAUAUCGAGUAUUGUUCUAAUUAAUUUGACUGCAAGUAAAGAUACUGAAAAAAUAGCCAUUAUAGGAAAACAAUAUUGAGUAUUGAAAGAUUGAAGAUUUCUUGUGAUAAAUUUUAGAAUAUCUAUACAUUGUUGUGUUGUUUUUCUUUUAUCACUAUAAUUUUUUAAAAGUAUAUAAUAUAUUUGCAACAUAUAUAUUUUGUUGUUGUUGUAAUUGUAGUAGUAUUGCUAUGGAAAAAAAUAAAAUUUA